AGGGACUUUUGAAAGUAUAGCAGUGUCUUUCCGCCUGGACAACCUGGCCGAAGGUUGGAACUGUGAUGCAGCCGGGGCGGUGUGGGUUAAAAAUGGGGACGUCGAUGGAGGAGGAUUACAGGAUGCAGGACGCCACCUUUUGCAGCUGCUUCCAUGUGUUCAUGGCGCAAAUAAUCGCCGUCAUCAACAACAACAAAAACAAGAUGGCAGGACAGGAUCAGGACGAAAGGAUUGGGUCCUGGUUCCUCAGGACAGGACAGAGGAUAGGAGCUGCGCAGAGAAGGGGGCUCAAAGAUGAGUUGAGAGACGUUGACGCUGACGCCAUUAGCACCGAGUUUUGCAGCAUCAACGACAAACUUUAAAUUGUUGCGUCAUUACAAUUCCAGUUGGGACUUCUGCGGGGGGAUCAUCUGAAGUGUUGAGCAACAGGAAGCGAGGAUAUAUAUUCUGGGCCUAGCCAAGGCAUAAAUGCUCCUUGCCAAAAGGCGAGAAAAGAAGAAGUCUUGUCCCCGUUUGCACCAGUGAUUGAUGUUGCACUUUAAAUUUCAGUUGUGUCAGUCGGAUGCGCACACACAUGCUCCCU